AUGGCGGGCAACAGCACUACUAUCGCCACAAUCGAGCAGAAGCCAGCCAUGAACUCCCUGCCAAUGGCCAAAGUGGAUUCUGUCAUGAACGACGACAGUUCUGCUUUGACCGGCAAGACCACCAAUAUCGUCACCGAAACAACGCUGCCAACCGACUCGAACAUCCGCGUCCUCGGCCUCCAUGAAUACAAAGAAGCCGCCCUCUCCCUCGCCCUCGCAUUCGAGCACGACGACGUAUCCCGCUACUUCCUCGACACGCCCGACCGCGCCCACUGGACCAAACAGCAAAAAUGGGACCUCCACCUCAAAAUCAUGGAAUACAUCACCUACGCGCACCUCCUCAAAGGCCUCGUGCUCAGCGUCGGACCGAACUACGACUGCGUCGCCCUCUGGAUGCCGCCGGGCAAGAACAUCGACGACUUGCCCACCAUUUUCCGCUCAGGCCUCUGGCGUCUCAACUACCUCCUCUCCCACGAAGGCCGGAAACGGUUCUUCUCCGAGUUCUUCCCGCUGCUGCAUGAUACGAAAGCCGCGGUGCUCGAGGAUCGGGAUCCGUCGAGUUGGUAUCUUGUCUACAUUGGCACGAAGCCGGAGGGCAGGGGGAAGGGGUAUGCGAGGAAGGUGGUGGAUUUUGUGGCGGAGAAGGCGGAUAGGGAGGGGAGGGCGUGUUAUUUGGAGAGUAGUAAUGUGGUGAAUGAGGCUAUUUAUCGGAAAAUGGGGUUCGAGGUUUCGAGGAGGAUUUAUUUGCAGAGGGCGAAGGAGGGGAAGGGAGCCGCGGAAGUGAAAGCUGCAGGUCGCGAAGAAUGGCGGUGA